AGCCUAUCUGAACGUUAGAAAUUUUAUUUCGCGCAUAGAAGGCUGUGAAACUGACAAAAGUGUGGCGCCAUAUUGCUUGCUUGUGUUUGAUUGCCGUUCUGGCGCGUGGUCAAGAAUAUUAUUUGUAAUAAUUAAUCAUCAUGUCUGAUAACCAGGAACAAAAACCCGAAGCCGGUCCUGGAGACGCGAAUUCAGAAUACAUCAAGCUCAAAGUCGUAGGAAACGACAGCAAUGAAAUUCACUUUAGGGUAAAGAUGACCACUCAGAUGGGCAAGCUUAAGAAAUCAUACAGCGAUCGUGUGGGUGUCCCAAUGACUUCACUCAGGUUUCUUUUUGAUGGCAAAAGGAUCAACGAUGAUGAAACACCAAAGCAGUUGGAGAUGGAGAAUGAUGAUGUUAUCGAAGUAUACCAAGAGCAAACGGGCGGUCAGUACUGAGGAAGUUGAAGAGAAGCGCCAUGUAAUUUGGUUAUAUUAUUUUUCAAAGUGAAAGUGAUUAACGUAAAAAACUGGACAAGGUUAUUAAUAUGCAUAUGUAUGUUACAAAAUCAUUAUGUAAUUUGAUCUUCACAUAGUAAUCUGGAUGUGGUGUUUUACAUUCCUCUAACGUAAAAGCAAAAGGUGGUUCAGCGGUCGAUUCUACAUGAAUUGUAUCUUGAAGCAUACAUUUUUUUAUCCGUCGCGAAUAGAGAAAAAAAAAUCAACAAAAAUUUAAUAAGAAUAAUGAAAAUCUUACAACGCCUCAGCACCGCGUACUCAGCUUUAUCAGUUGCCGCAAACAAGUAUAUUUAUAAUUUCUGAUUAUGGAACAGUGCAGGUUUUUUUUAUUUCGUUAAAAAAAAAUGUUUAGUUUUUCGUGAAAUCCCUCGAGGAAGCAACAAAGUCUAAGAAUUAAUAUUAUAUAAUUUCUUUUAAGUGUCUCAGCAAAGAGCGCAUGAUCUUCGACAAUUUCAGUACAAUUUAAUUAAAUUGUUACCUUUCAAAAUACAAUUGCAAUAAACGAUUAAAUAAUACUACAGUU